AUGGGCCGACAACCUGACGCCUUCUCCUCUCCGUCGCUCGACUCGGCGCCUCAGCUCCCCGAGGAGGCGCUGACGUUUCCCUCGCAUGCGGCGGCUGACUCGCUCUUUCCGCCCGCAGGACAAGACGCGAGAGAACAAGGACCGGAAGGAGACACGGACCUAGGUGUCUCUGGCCUCGACCGUGGAGACAGUGCAGCGUCGGCGCCUGGCUCCUCCGAGAGACCUCUCGACUCACAAGGAAAUGGAGCUCCUCCCCAGGCUCAGAAUGCCAACGAUGCCUCUCUCUCUUCUUCUGCUCUCUCUUCCUCUGCCAUGUCUUCCUCUGCUCUCUCUUCCUCUGUUCUCUCUGCUUCGUCUCUUGCGCUCGCACUGGUGGAGAAGGGAGAAGAAGGGAGCCGCGGCCCUCAGCCUUCAGAUGCGGUUCCUUCUUCUCUCGCUCUCCCUCGGAAGCGGCUGAUGAUUGAGCGUGUGGUGCUGGAGAAUUUCAAAAGUUACGGCAAGAAGAAAACGAUCGGACCGUUCCACAAGCGCUUCACGGCAAUUGUCGGCCCGAAUGGAAGCGGCAAGAGCAAUGUCAUCGACGCCAUGCUUUUUGUCUUUGGAAGAAGAGCACAGCAAAUUCGGUUGAAGAACGUCGUCGAGCUCAUUCACAACUCAGCUGCUGGCGGCGGAGAGCCUCUGCAGUCUGCUCGAGUCACCGUUUUCUUCCAAGAAAUCUACGACCCCGAUCCCGAUUCGGAGACGUACGAAGUGAUUCCAGGCUCUCAGUUUGUUGUGUCGCGGGAGGUGUCUCGAGCGUCGAACUCGACGGAGUAUCGCGUUAACGGCCAACGCGCUCAGCAGCGCCAAGUUGUGGAGUUGCUCAAGUCGAAGGGGCUCGACUUGCAGAACAAUCGCUUCCUCAUUCUGCAGGGAGAAGUCGAACAAAUCGCGCUGAUGAAGCCCAAGGCGACGCGACCGGAGGAGACAGGCCUUCUGGAGUAUUUGGAGGAACUUGUGGGGUCCAAUCGCCUUGUGGAGCCCAUUCAGAAGGCACAGGAAGACUACGAAGCUUCUUGCCAGCAGUAUCAAGAGAAAGCGAAUCGAUGCCGCGCGGCGGGAGCCGAAGUGAAGCAGUUGGAAGGUCCGAAAAACGAGGCAGUCAAGUUUCUCCACUUCGAAAAAGACGUGCAGACCAACGCCCUUCUCCUCGCCGCUCUCGACGGAAGGGAACUGAGUGCGGUGUAUCGACGGAAACGCCGGGAGCUGGCCAAACUGGAGAAACAGAAAGAAGAAGAUGAAGAAAAAGGCGCCGUUCUCGCCAAGCAGUUCGAGGCGCUGGGCAAAGAGCUGGACGAUCUAUGGAAGAAAGACAAGAAGCUGCAAACGCAGUUUGCGGAGGUCGACGGGAGAUUCAACCAGAUGGUGUGGAGAGACGAAGAGCUCCGGAACGAGCUCUUCAGCGAGGCUCAGGCUAGCGAGGAGAAGACACAGAAGGUGAAGGCGAAUGAGAAAAAACGAGAAGAAGAACAAAAGAUGGUUGACAGGAGUCAGACGGAGGUGGACGAGAAGAAGUCGCAAAUUCCUGCGGCGGAAGAGGCCUACGAGAAGGCGAAAGAAGACGUCGAAGCCUACCGAGAAUCGAUUCAAGACGAAGUCAGAAAGCUCGCCGCAGCUCACAGCAAGGCAGAGCAGCACCUGGCGCCUCUGCAGACGACGCUGGACGAGCAGAUGAAAGGCAUAGCGAAGCUAAGCAAAGAAUUUUCCCUCCUGGAAAAAAAGAAACUGCGAGGUGAACAGGAGUACAAGAAUCUAGAGGAGAGUCUGGGCAAGCUGAAGCAGCUUCUGCAGGAUCGACGCGCAGGCACUGAACAGAAGACUCAGCUGCUCGCGACUAUUCGCGCCGAGAAGGGUGAAGCGGCGCGCCGCCGCGAAGAGGCGCAGGGCGAGGUUUCGCGUCUCCGCGAGCGACUGCGGGAGAUUCAGAGCAAGGCACAUGCAAUCGAGGCUCGCCGCGUGGAAUCCAAGUCGAACAGUCGCCUCAUGCAGGCACUUCAGAAGAUGAAGAAGACAGGAGAAAUCAAAGGCCUGCAUGACCGCCUCGGUGAACUGGGGUGUAUCGACAGAAAGUACGAGAAGGCCUUCAUGGCUGCAGGCGGCGGCUUCUGUUCCUUCCUCGUCGUGGAAGAACCUCAAGACGCAACUGUCAUCUUCCAAAUUCUCCGCCAGCAAAACCUCGGCCGUGUCAACAUUCUCGCACUCCGUGUUCUCGAAAGAGACCUGACUGGGUUCAUGCAGCGCUCUGACGCGGAAGCGCGCGCAGGUGGAUUUCCAUUGCCUCGCCUGAUCGACCUGAUUUCCUUCAAGAAAGAGAGGUACCGAGUUGCGUUUUACAAAGCUGUCGGUGAUACCGUCGUCGCGCCGGACAUGGACGAAGCGUCCAAAAUUGCAUAUUCGCAACGCAGAAGAGUGGUGACUCUCGACGGAGGUUUGAUUGAGGUCGACGGUCGCAUGGUGGGCGGCGGGGUGCGGGAGCGCUCAGGCGCCGGCCAAGGCAUUCGCGUCUCUGAGGGACCGAGCGUGGAAACGAUUACUGAGGAAGAGGAAGACAACCUCCCAGAGCUUCGCGAAGAAAUUCGAGAGAAGGAGCAGCGGCUGCGAAGCCUCCUUCGCGAAAGCGAGGAAAGCGAAGAGUCGCUCGCAAGGUUGAACACCCAAGAGGAGGAGACUGAAAGCAGUUUGGUCCUUCUUCGCCAGGACAUCCAGGCAGCAGAGAGACAGGUCCACGAGGUGACAGAGCGACUGGCGUCGCAAAGCAAGGAGAGUCUGUCGAGCGAGGAGAAAAAGAAAAUGGGGAUGCUGCAGAAAGAGAUCGACCGUGCAAGCGAGAAGCAGAAAGCGACGUUGGAAGAAGUGAAGGAGCAGGAGCAUGUCGUGAGCACUCUGUAUCGGCACCUGCAAGACGCCGGCGGAGAGGAGAUGAAGAAACGCAAGAGUAAACUUCUCGUCGCGGAAAGAGAUUUGAAUCGCCUCAAAGGACAAGUGACAUUUCAGCUGAAGGAAGUGACCGACCGAAAAGUGGAGUGCGAAAAUCUGAAGCGCGCCAACGCGCGGCUCACGAAGGAGGUCGCCGACCAUCAGAAACGCCUGACGGAGAUUUCGGAGCAGCUGGCGCAGAUGGAAGAAGACGCGAAGGAGGUGCUCGCGGAGAAGGAGAAGAUCGAGGAAGAGAGAAGCAAACUCGAAGAAGAAAUGAAGAGUCUGAGGUCCCGGAAGGAAGCAGUCGAAGAAGAUAUCAAACAGCUGGGGCUCAACACCCUCGACGUGCAGCACCAGCUGACGACUCUGCAGGCUGCGGUGGAGCAGGCAGGUCAGGCUCGGCAGGCACAGCUGCAGCAAGCGUCUGCGGCUGUCGAGAAGCUGAGCGACUUGCAGAAAACGUUGACAGACGAAGGCGAGGAAGAGGAGUCGCCGGACGCGGAAGGCAGCGGACCUACGGAGCACGAGGAGGAAGAAGAGAAAAAAGGCGAGGAACCGGUGGGGGGCGACCUCGAAGGCGACAUGGAGACCUGCGAGAAGGCGAGCAGAGAAGAGGCACCCGAGGACUCAGAAGCAGGCGCAGAAGCAGGCGGAGAAGGAGGCGCAGAGUCGAGUUCGAGGGAUGGCUCUUCGGAUGCGGACGAGGAGACGGAACACGACUUCUCGGCGCUGCUCUUGAAUCGCUUCGGAGAGCUGCUGCGGCGCCUGAAACUCGACGCGCGUCUCGCGGCGUCGCACCUGAAGAGUCUCGAUAAAAAGGCGCUGCUGGCAGAGCGACAGAAACUCGCGGCCGAGCAGAGGAAGGGCCGCGCCGCGAGCGGCGAAGGCGGCAGCCUGCAUGCGCUCGUGCUGUACAGGCAGAAGAAGAAGGAGUUCGAAAAGAAGGAGGAGGACAUGCAACUCGCGUGGAAGAACAGAGAAGCGGCGAAGCGGCUGGUUGACCAACUCUGUGCAGAAAGGAAAAAAGAGUUCAUGGACGCGUUCGUCAUCAUCGCCGCGAAACUCAAGGAAACCUACAGAAUGCUCAGUCAGGGCGGAGACGCAGAGCUCGAGUUAGUCGACUCCUCCGAUCCUUUCUCGGAAGGCGUUCUCCUGUCCGUCCGACCUCCGAAGAAAAGCUGGCGCCUCAUUCAGCAUCUCUCAGGAGGAGAGAAGACGCUCAGCAGUCUGUCGCUGGUGUUUGCGCUGCACCAUUUCUCGCCAACAUGCGUGUAUUUCCUGGACGAAAUCGACGCGGCGCUCGACUACCGAAAUGUAUCGAUUCUGGCGAACUUUGUGAAGCAGAAGGCGAAGGAUGCGCAGUUCAUCAUCAUUUCUCUCCGCAACCAACUGUUCGAGUUGGCCAAUCGCCUCGUCGGCAUCUACAAAACGUUUGACGUGACCAAGUCUGUGGCAGUCGACCCAGACCGUUUCUCGACGGAGGAGAAAGGCGACGAAAAUCUGCGACCGCUGGCCGCAGGUAGCCUGGAGGGUCUUUCAGGUCCAAGCGCCGCUUCUCCGCUUCUGGGCAAAGAACGAGGCAUCGAAAACUCCCGGGAAGAAGCUUCCACGCCUCUUUUCUCUCGCUAG